AUGAGCUACUUCUGCCCUGCGUCCUGCAACCGUCGCUUCAAGUCGCCGGCAAAUCUUCAUGCCCAUCUUGCGCGAGCUCCGCAAUGCAUGUGGUUCAUGGAGGAGACUCUUGAUGCCCUUGAUGAGGAUCCAACUGACUCAUUAGAGCAGGAGGACAUUCCUUCAGCUCCAGUAGAUCCAUGGGCGGAGUAUGACCCUCUUGAUGACCCAGACCUUGACUUCAGCUAUCUUGAGGAAGCUCUCGACGAAUUCCACUUUAUCCCGGAAAUUCAGCCCAUCGGCGCUCAGGGCCCCGGCCCUCAGACUGCAGCCAACAGAGCCAAGGCUGCAAGAUUUGUCCUCGAUGACCUGGAUGACAAACGGGUCACUGAUAUUGACCUCUUAGCUGGCAGAAUUGUUCGAAAGGCUCAACCCUCAAGCCAACAAGCAGAUAAAGACGGCGACAUUCAGAUGUCUGACCCUUCAAAUGUUGUCGACAAGCUAGGACUUUCAUAUCGCAACAUCCGCGCGCUACAUAAGAAACUAGAUUCUAUGCCUGAUAAGGCUGGCGAGUGGCAAACCAAGCAUCUACGAUUUAAGGAUAGGCCUGACGAAACCUUUACCAUCCGUCAUCGAGAUCCUGUAGAAGCAAUCAAGAGCCUUUGGAAGGACCCAGAGCUGUCACCAGAAAUGAUCUUUCAACCAUGCAAGACAUAUACCGAUGACACUCGAGAGGAUCAAAUAUUUUCUGAAAUGUGGACUGGCCGUUGGUGGAAUGCGGUGCAGCUCUACCAGGGUGUCUUCAAGCAUCUCGUCUCUUGGUGCCAACUUAUCCUUCCUAAGGGCGAGCUCGACAGACGCAUUCGCUGCCUUCCUCCCUCAUUUGGGGUCCGCCAUUUCAAAAACGGAAUAUCUGCUUUAUCUCAGAUCUCUGGCUCAGAACGCAAGAAUAUGGCGAAGAUUCUACUAGCUUGUCUUGUUGGUAGUAUCCCUUCAGCUGCGACCAAGGCCAUCACAGCUCUUCUUGACUUCAUAUACAUUGCUCAGUACCCGACACACAACAACUCCACUUUAGAAUACCUGCAAAACGCCAUCGAAGAAUUUCAUGAACAUCGUGACUAUUUCAUUCAACUAGGCCUUCGAAAAGAUUUCAACAUUCCUAAGUUCCACUCUCUUCUUCACUACAUAGACACUAUCAAGGAUUUCGGAACAACAGACAACUACAACACUGAAAUGUUUGAAAGGCUCCACAUCGAUUUUGCAAAGCAUGGCUGGCAGAAACAUCAUGCACCCUCCUUUGACCACCACCUCAGGAUUUAUCUGAACGCAAAAUCCCCUGACAGACUUUCUGCUAGAAACCUAACAGACACUGCACUUCCAUUUAGUAAGGUUAACGUCUACAAUAUGUUUCAUUUUGCUCCUUCUAGUCUUCAUGAUGAUGAUGACGAGAAAGAUGUGAUCAAGGCUAUUGGCUCCUCUUCUAACAUGCCAAAUGGACGGUUUGACACUGUGGUUGUUAUUGUCAGCGAGAUGGCACAUGCCACUGGUAUCAAAGGCACAAGAGUUGGACGACUGCGGGUCAUAUUUACUCUUCCCCAGAAGUUUGACACAAGACUAGGCCCAAGAGAGCUGCCUUCCUACUGGCCUACAGAACCUCUUGCCUAUGUGGAAUGGCACAGCCCACAGGCUGCCAAUGCCUCUGCUGCCAACGGCAUGAUGUAUCGCAUUAAGAAGCUUGAACCUGACACUGCGGGCCACAUUCCAGGUGCUGUUGUUCCUCUUAGUCAUAUCUGUCAGAGCUUUGCGCUUCAGAAACACUGUGGGACAGAGUCACCCCAGCCCAUUGCACCAAAAGCGACAGGGGGCGUCUCCUCAACCCAGCAAACACAAUCCUUUGCUCCGACUGGCAACGCAAGGCCGGAUGCAGCAGCACAUCUCACGACUCCAAACACGAGUGCUCCGGUUGCGGAAAGCCGACUCACGGAGCUCAGACGUGCCCUCGAGGGCAAAAAGCUUAAUUCGGGGUCACCCUACAAGCCGGAAGCAUGGAGGCAGCAUCUGGAGCAGGCUGGGCUUACCGGAAAGUACCCAAAUAUCCCAAGCGACCUUCAGCGGGGAUUUGAUGCAGGGAUUCCUGUCAUCCGCACCACAUUCACCCCACCAAACAAACAAUCCGUUGUGGACUUCAGUGACAAAUUCGAUGAAAACUCGAAGGCUGAGUUCGAGCGUGGCCGAUACAUCGGACCAGUCACAAAAGCAGAGACAGAAGCCCUCCUGGGUCCAUUCCAGACGUCUCCUCUCUCUCUCAUUCCUAAACCCACGCAGCUGGGAAAGUAUUGUAUCAUACAAAACCUCUCGCAUCCGCAUAAGCCCACCAGCAAUAUCACAUCUAUUAACAGUGCCAUCGACUCAGACCGCUUCCCAUGCACAUGGGGAACCUUCUCUGUCAUCUGCCUGCUCAUUGCGCGCCUACCACCCGGUUCGCAAGCAGCAGUGCGAGACGUCAAGGAGGCCUAUAGAACCAUACCACUCAAGCCAUCGCAAUGGCCAGGCAUUGUCGUCCACCUUCGAGGAGAAGAUAAUUUCGCCAUCGACACCCGAAACUGCUUUGGACUCGCAUCAGGAGCAGGCUGCUAUGGGGCAAUUGGAGACACUGGGGCCCAACUCAUGCGGGCCAAUGGAAUCGGCCCACUCUCAAAAUGGGUUGACGAUCACCUGUUCUUUCGAAUACGUCGAGAGCACCUCUCAGCGUACAAUGACCAGCGUAGCCAAUGGGCAGCCGACAUCUGGGAGAACGGAGGGGAACUGCAUGAUAGAGGAAGACUCUGGUUCCGUGGGCAGCUCAUGCCCAACGGAAAGCCAGAAGAGUUCGACGAGGACGUCUCCUUUCCAAUCAGAGAUCUCUCGCAGGCAUCUCCAAGAUCGGAGGAGGAGCGGAGAUUCACUUACUGCAUGUCAGACAUUGACGCAAUAUGCAAUGAGCUCGGGAUUCCUUGGGAAACCGAAAAAGACGUACCAUUCCAGUCAGUUGUCCCAUUCAUCGGUUUCCUCUGGGACCUGGAUCAGCGAGAGGUCGCUCUUGCAAGCGCAAAGCAGGAGAAGUACCUCAAGGCUAUUCAGGAAUGGGAGACGAGGAAGGAGCACAACCUUGAGGAGACGCAAAAGCUUUAUGGAAAGCUACUCCAUGCAUGCCUCGUGGUUCCAGCAGGACGUGCAUAUCUCACCAUCUUACUCAAACCUUCCAUGAUCGUCCUUUCAUGCCACGUACCCCACCAAGACAUACUACAAGCGAUCUACAAUGGUGGAAAGAGAAACUCCAACAACCCCAGAUCAUCCGGCCCAUCCCAGGCCCAGUCCCAAUCAUCGACCUUGCAGUGUAUUCAGACGCUAACUCAAAGAUCAGCAUUGGGAUUACCAUCGGAAACAGGUGGCGCGCCUGGCAUCUGCUUCCAAAUUGGAAAGGCGAGGGCAGAGACAUUGGAUGGGCAGAGGCCGUUGGCUUCCUCUUCCUCGUCAUUGCGCUCGGCAACACUUACUGCCACCCUGGCAUCCAUUGCCUGGUCUACAGCGACAACCAAGGAGUCGUCGAGGGAUGGUGGAAAGGACGCAGCAGAAACUGGCCAAGCAACCUUAUCUUCUGCGAUAUUCACUCAAUCGCGGAAGAGAACAAGUUCAUCAUCCACACCCAGUAUGUACCUAGCAAAGAGAAUCCGGCUGAUGGACCCUCUCACGGCAAAUACGGCCCACCCACCCACCUUCUUGCCGCCUUCGAAAUCCCAGUCAACCUCAGGCCAUACGUCACAGACUACGACACACCUCUUUGCUCAACUGAGCUCCGUCUUAUACGGGAAGGAAGAGCACCAAUGGCAGCCCCAAGACUUGAUGCAGCGUCAAGGCGCCAGCAGUGUAGAACUGCAGACGAAGGCCAGGCACAACGUGAGGAAGAAUUCACUGCCCAAGCGGAAGCAGAGCGAUAAGUGCAACUGCUUUGUGCCAGCAAAUCGCAGCAUCCAAGAGGUGGACACAGUGCACCCCACCCGCCCACCAGCACCAUACCAAGAAGCACUUACUCCACAUUUCUCACCGCAACAUCCCCAUGUGCUCGCACGAGAACGGUUGAUGUGUUGGAAGCCAACCACCCCACGAAAUGUCCUUGACGGUAAUGGCCAUCCCACCAACCUAACCGAAGCUGACCUCCGCAGAAUCCUGGAGGUAAUGGAGGGUGCAUGGGUGGAAGGCACGCGAGAGGGCUAUGGGUCAGGCCUGCUAGUAUACCACGUAUUCUGCAAUCAGAAAGGGAUCAGCGAAGAGCAACGGGCGCCUGCGUCUCCCAUCCUCAUUGCCUCGUUCAUUGCUACUAUCACAGGCGCAUACGCGGGAGGCACCAUUUCCAACUAUGUCUUUGGAGUGAGAGCCUGGCACCUUCUUCAUGGGGUCUCAUGGCAGAUGAAUCCUAGUGAGCUCGAGACACUCUUGAAGGCAGCUGCGAAGGCAGCCCCAGCCUCAACAAAACGGAAGAAGAGGCUACCGUACACAAAAGAGUUCAUGCUGGCUAUUCGCGACAAGCUGGACCUUGAAACGCCGCUGGAUGCCACUGUCUAUGCAUGCCUCACAAUGACCUUCUGGUCAGCCGCAAGACUUGGAGAGUUCACAGUUAAAAACCUCACAGACUUCAAAGCUACGCACCACGUCAAACCAUCAGACGUAAUAACCACCACGGAUGCCAACAGUUUGACGACGACAGCCUUUCACAUCCCAGUUACAAAAACGGAGCCAAUCGAAGGCGAGGAUGUGUCCUGGUCCAAACAGAAUGGGGAUACUGACCCAGCAGCUGCCCUCGACAAACAUCUCUCAGUCAACAACCCACCAAAGGAGGGCCCGUUGUUUGCUUACCGCACCGCCAAGGGCUACAACGCACUUACAAAACCCAAAUUCCUGCAGACGCUAGCCAAGGCCGCUCGAGCUGCAGGUCUGGACCCGCUGCAAGGUCAUGGCAUUCGCAUCGGCUCAACCCUCGAGUACCUCCUACGAGGUAUACCUUUUGAGGUAAUGAAAGUCAAGGGCCGCUGGGCCAGUGACGCUUUCCUCACCUAUCUGAGGAAGCACACACAAAUCCUUGCCCCAUACAUGCAAGCCAAUCCUCUCCACCAUGACGAAUUCAUCAGGCUGACCAUGCCACCCAUCCGCUGCGGCUAA